GAGAGUCAGCCCUAGGAUUCCCCGGGCUCAUCGGUGAGCUGUUGAUCCUAAAUGUAAGACUUUACUUCGUACGACUCGCUAUGCUGAAGGAGGAAGUCUGAUAGCCAGCCUCAAGCAUCUCUUGAGCACCGUUGAGCAUGAAUGCAUAGCAGGUUCGCAUCGAGAUGCUCGAUUGUUUCUUGUCGGAUCAAAUUUCCGAAAGAACAUGGGUAAAUCCCCAAAGAGUGGAAUAUUGGACAUAUGUUGCCUGUGCCGAUCAAAGCUUAGCAUAUUGUUCAAUCAACAUUUUUUUACCUAAACAAUGAGAUAAUUGGAAGGGGGUAUUUUCUUUUCCCCCCCCCCCCAUGGAGGGAAGCUGAGAAGGAAGAGAAGGUAGACCCGAAGCCCCAACUACGAUGCAACUGCAGUGCGGGAUGGCGCACAUCAGCAUUGCGUUGCUGUAGAAAAGGGAAACGAGCUCAGCUGCGCAGAACCUUCCUGUCGCUCAAACAUCGAAUGUUGCAAGAGAUGAAAAUGGUUAAUUUGCAUCUCCCUAUAAAUAAUAAUUGUCUCAGCAGAUUUGACCAAUAACGAAAGGGCCGCGUGUAUUCGUUGUAUAUAUGCUUAAAGGCAAAUUGAGCGGGAGAUGAAGGUUCUUGGUAAUCUUGGGAUGAGAUCCACAUGUUGCCACGAUUUGUCCACCCAAACGCUCAGCCAUUGCACCUCAUUUACGCCUGUGUUGGUGAAAUCUCCUUGGACCUUGGUUGACCUUGGUUGAUGUUGUCUUUGGUGUCUCGGGAGGAGGGGAAGGGGAAGGAGAAGGAGAAGGGGGAAGGGGGAGACGGGGUCUUUUGGUGAAUCAUUGUGUAAAGGAAAAAAAAGGAAAAAAAGUAGAACAGGGGAGGGAGUGAGUGAAAAUGAAUAAGUUUGAAAAAAGUAUGCCCGUACGGAGUACUGAUACUCUACAUAUUAACCACUUUCGCUUUGCUCGCGAGUCGCGAUUUGGGAAACAUACUCCUUUCUUUCAUUCUUUCUUUUUACUUCUUGCUGUGUGAUAGAUAAAAUUCCUGAAAAUCCCACGUUGACAUUCUCCAACACUCGUUCUCAAAUUGCAUUGUUGUCGAAAGAAGAAGACGGCGAAGAAGGAGGGGAACAGAAUAAUCCCCAAACAGUAAAGGCUUAGAACAUUCUGUGAGCACCAUACAUAGGUUACUCAACUUGCCCAGCAUUUGGACCAGCAUUUACGCUCCAGUAAUAUCUGGGAAUUCUAUCACGCAGAAACGGCUCAAGACCCCGACAUAUAUCGAAGUUUCUGCAUCAUUCCAAGAAACCCGUCCCGCCAUAAGCCUGCAGGAUAUCCAUCCAUCCCUCGGAAACCUAUCGUCUCGAGACCACCAUGUCAUAUUACAACAGCGCUUACGACAGUUACAAUGAAGAGCAGCAGGGGGAAUACCAACCUGCGCGAGCAGGCUGGAAACAAACUUCACCAGCUGGACAAGAAGCAUACCAGCCUCCUCCUCGCAGUGCCAGUUUAAAUACUUCCACGACGCAAAAUUCUAACGGCAAUAUGAACGGUUAUGGUGGGGGGUAUCAACAGAGCCCCAAUCUGGGGGCGACCUUCUAUCCGGGAGGAGGGGACGACUUCUACAUGCCUACGACGAAUGUAGUGUCUCCAAUGCCACAAAGAAUUAUGCCAGAGGUGCCACACAAUAUGCAAGAUAAUCUUGCCAAUCUGGAACUGAAUUCAGAUGGACGAUCAAUCAAUGUAUAAUGACAAUUCACAGCACACCAGCGAGUCGCCGAGGUCAAACUACAGCAAUCGAAACAGCGGCCCGGGCUACACAGCGAACUACGAACACACCAACGCAGCCAUAUAUCAAAAUCUAAAGGGGCCUUAUGGUGCGCCACGAGUCCAGCCUGACUCCCCUAGGUUUUCACCAUUUCCAAAACCUCGAAACGCGGGUCAGAAUGUACCUUUGUCGGAUGAAGAUAAAGAGGAAGUCUUGGAGAGAGCCAGGCCCAUGGUUUUGAAGUCUAGCGACCCAGAAAUGCAGUUGGCAUGGGCUCAGGAUGCGCUGUCUUGGGUAGAAGUAGCCAGUUCUACUUACGAGCGAAAGAAUGACGACUCGCGAGCCCCAACGCCCAAAAUCGAACAUCAAUUACGAGUUGAUGCUAUAAGCAUCGUCAACUUUCUCGCAGAGCAGCAACAUCCAAAAGCAGAAUUUAUGAAGGCGAUGUGGCUAGAGUUUGGUAAAUUUGGGUAUCGAAUGGACAAAAAGGAAUCGUUCCAAGGUUACCAGCGAGCCGCACAAAAAGGAUACGCUCGAGCAGAAUACCGCAUCGGAAUGCAGUUCGAGAAUACCAUGAACCCCACCAAGGCCGUUGAACAUUACCAAAGAGGUGUAUACUUGAAGGAUUCCGCGGCAAACUAUAGGCUUGGAAUGGCUACCCUACUCGGACAAUGUGGCAUGCAACAAGAUUAUGCAAGAGGUAUAGAUCUGAUACAGUUCGCAGCCGACACGGCGGACGAGAAUGCCCCUCAAGGUGCCUAUGUCUACGGAAUGUUACUCGCUAGAGAGUUGCCAAACAUUACCAUGCCUGAUGAAUAUUUACCGUAUGAUUUGAACGAAGCCAAGAUGUUUGUAGAAAAGGCCGCUUAUCUCGGAUUUGCGAAAGCACAACUCAAGAUGGCUCAAGCUUACGAACUUUGUCUAUUUGGCUGCGAAUUCGACCCCGCACUUUCUUUACAUUACAACGCCCUUGCUGCCCGACAAGGAGAGCCUGAAGCCGAUAUGGCCAUAAGUAAAUGGUUCCUUUGCGGCUAUGAGGGUAUUUUCGAGAAGAAUGAAGAGUUGGCAUAUACAUAUGCGCAACGUGCGGCUGAGACAGAAAUGGCUACCGCUGAGUUCGCUAUGGGCUACUUCUAUGAAAUUGGAAUGUAUGUCAAGAAAAACCUUGAAAUAGCUUCACAAUGGUAUGACAAGGCUGCCAAGCAUGGUAACCAUGAUGCUUUGGGAAGAAUCGAUAGCAUCAGAGCGAACCACACACUUUCCAAGGGUGACCACGGAGCGGCGAUUCAACGUAUCAAGUCAACUCACGGUUCUCGAAGAGGGGCCAGGCCGGAGAGAUUUACACAAGCUAAUGCUCCACCAAUGCCAACUAUGGCAGAAGAUUACUCCUCACCAACUCCUCCCGUGCACAGUCAAAAGCCUAAGGUUAAAAAAGGUGCACCUGCAGGUAUUCGACCAAUCUCCAUUGCACCAUACCCAGAAGAUGAUAUGAGUCUUGGUAACCGCGGUAAUGGAAACCCUCCCAGAUCUCCUAGAUACCCUCCACAAGAUGGAUUGCGUCCAUCAACCUCAAGUUCAAAUCCAGCAUCAGAUCGACCAUCUUCUGCUUUUGGCAUUCGCUCUCAGCAACAGCCACCCCAUUUGGGAAUUACUCAUCAAAACACAGAGCCAAUACGAUCAUCAUCUCCUAUGGGCCAAACGCCUUCACAAGGUCGCAAUCAAUCACCCAACCUCGCUCCAAAUAUUCCUCCAAUGAGCUUCGAAUCCGGUUACCAGAAUCCUCAGCAAAGACCUCCAACUUCUGGAUCAAGGCCUGGAACUUCACAAUCUGUCCAGUCGUUUCAGUCUCAGCAAUCCGGAUAUGGUUCCAGACCAGGACCUGGCCAGAACGUCUUACCACCGCGAGGCGCUUCUAUGACACCAGUUUCAGCUGCUUCCUCCACAGCAAGCAGAAAUCCUGGCAGACCAAUGGGUAACACAAUAUCUUCGCAAGACUCGAGACAAUCUUCUGUCUCGUCAGCUCCUACUACCCCUGCUCCUGCUCCGGUGGCAGCUCCACCAAAGCCAUCUGCUCCUGCUAAGAAGGGACCUGCCACCUUUGAGGAAAUGGGUAUUCCACAAACCAAGAGUGAAGGAGAUUGUGUUGUUAUGUAACUGCGCUUUAUACUUCUAAGGGAACGAAUUCCGGGGGGGGGUUAUAUAGCAUGUCCAUUUGCGAAACAGCAUUGUGAAUAUUUUUUGAUUAUAGCAUGAAUUUUUGCGCAUGUAUAUUGGGUGCGUGCAUAGCGUAUACUUGAGUAAUAUGCAUUUCGUUCGAUUUAGAGAUAGUUUGGACCUUGCAAUGUGUAAUAGACUUAGGCUUCUAGACUAAGUGAAGAUGGAAUUUUUUGAUGGGUGAUAUCUAAGGUAACUGGGGAGGAGGGUUUAAAGAUAGGAUUUGAACUAGAUUUGAACUAGGAAGAGACGCAUUUCUCAGUAGAAAUAAUGAUACCCUUUAUUACAUAAUAUCCUUAGUAUUUCA